CACGUUCCAUAGACACCCCUCACCCAGCGCAGGAUGGACCCCCUGCCUCUGAUCCUCUACCUGUGUGCAGUGCUGGCACCGAGCCGUGGAUUCAGCGUGGACGUGGAGGGACCCAUCACCUUCCAGGAGGCAGCAGAGGGGUUUGGGCAGAGCGUCUUGCAGUUCGGGAAUUCCAGCACUGGAGGGCUGAUUGUUUGGGCCCCGCCGCAGACAGGAAACGUGAAUGAAACCGGCAAAGUCUACAAGUGUGACCCGGGCUCCAGAUGCUGCCAGGAGAUCCCCAUCCAGAGGACCCCUGGUGCCAUGAACAUGUUCCUUGGUUUGUCUCUGGCUGCUCGAGGCUCCCAGUUCCUGGUAGAGGGGUACCCCAUGGUGCACCGGGUCUGUGGGGAGAACAUGUAUGUCAGUCACUACUGCUUCCCUCUGCAGCAGAGCUUCUGGCAACUCCAGCCCAUCCUGGACACCCAGCCAGGUUAUUCAUCUCAGGUCAUCACAGCCAACGGGCAGAGCACCUACAUGGUCGGGGUCCCUCUAUGCCCAGGCACCGGCAAAGUCCUCCUGUUCAGCAGAGAUACCAAGGGUGGGGAAUGGACACCCGGAUCGGAGCUGUUGGGAGAGCAGGUAUGGGGAGUGUUACAGAUUGGCUCGCGUUUCGGGAGUACACUGUGCGCUGUGGACCUCGACAGAGAUGGGAACACGGACCUGGUUCUAAUCGGAGCCCCUUUGUACCAUACACCUCUGAAUGGAGGACGCGUCUAUAUCUGCCCGAUUAACUUGCCGGGGACGACGAUGAUCUGCACCAAGACACUACAUGGGCAGACGGGGGAAGUGUCUGGGCGCUUCGGGGCCAGCAUGUCUGAAAUCGGGGACAUCAGCGGGGACGGACAGACGGAUGUGGCCAUCGGGGCUCCCAUGGAGAAUGACAAUCAUGGGGCCUUGUACAUCUUCCAUGGGGAAAAGGGAGGCCUCAGUCCCCAGUACAGACAGUGCAUAGUGGGGUCACAGUUUCCCAGCAAGCUGCACUACUUUGGCCAGGCUGUCAGUGGCGGGACAGAUCUGACGGGUGAUGGACUGCCGGACAUCGCAGUGGGGGCACAAGGGGAGGUCCUGCUGCUGAGGUCCCGGCCGGUGCUCAGAGUCGGGGUCUCCAUCAGCUUCCAGCCCCCCACGAUCCCCACCUCGGCCUUCGACUGCCAGGGGCAGGAGCAGCUCAACACAGAGGCCAGCAGAGCAGAGGUCUGCUUCACCGUCACUAAGAUCACCAUGGACAGCCUAGGUGACAGGAUCUUCAGCACUAUCCAGUACAGCCUGGCCCUGGACUCCGGGCGGACAAAGAUCCGAGUCGCCUUCGACUCCACCGGCCCUGUCCUGAGCAGGGAGCUGCGGCUCGGCAUCGAGAAGAAAUGUGAGAUGUACCGGAUAACAAUACCUCUCUGUCCCGAAGACAUUCUGACCCCCAUCACCCUACGCUUCAACUACACCCUGACGGGGGAGCCCAUCGCUGCCGCCGGUGGCCUCAGACCCAUCCUGAAUGAGGACUCUGUGCUGGUGUCUGCAGGCUCGCUCCCGUUUCAGAAGGACUGUGGCACGGAUGGCCGCUGCGAUGACCAGUUAGCAGUCUCCUUCAAUUUCUCUGGCUUGAGCACCCUGGUGGUGGGGGUCGCCCCUGAACUGAACACCACCUUCUCCAUCCAGAAUCACGGGGAGAAUUCCUACAGCACCAGGGUGCAGUUCUUCUACCCGGCCGCGCUGUCCUACCGCCGGGUCCUGCUGCUCCAGUCUAACAGGAGGGCCAUGGCCAUUAAAUGCAGCUCAGCAGAGGGCUCAGAGGAACAAUCUCAAAGGAACAGCACCUGCCACAUCAACCACCCCAUCUUCUGGAGCGGGGCCGAGGCCGUCUUCGUUGCCACCUUCGACGUCUCUUCUGAGGCUGACCUGGGGGACAGGCUUCAGAUCACGGCCAAGGCCAGCAGUGACAAUGGUGGCCCCACCACCGAGCGCAUGAUUCACCGGGCGGAGCUGCCGGUAAAGUACGGCAUCUUCAUUAUCCUCACCAGACUUGAGUCAACCAAGUACAUCAAAUUCUCCUCCAAGGAGUCGGGGACAAGUGUGCCAGUGACACAUCGGUACGAGGUCAAGAACCUGCGGCAGCGAAGCGUCCCCAUCUCGGUCACGUUCCAGUUCCCCGUGGAGCUGAGCGGGAUCCGGGUGUGGGACGCCUCUGAGGUCGUUCCCUCCAAGCCCCAGCUGGCUCAGUGCACCAGUGAGGCUGAAACGCCAGGUUCAAAGGACUUUGUGAAGCAGAUGAGCGAGCGCCCCCUGCUGAACUGCUCCGUGGCCACCUGUAAGAAGAUCCGGUGCAGAAUCGCCUCCCUGGAAAUGCAGCAGCCGCUGGAGUUCAUGAUCAAAGGGAACGUCAGCUUCCAGUGGGUCUCCCAGACUCAGCAGCAGAAAGUGAGUCUGGUGAGCAAGGCCCGGAUUGAAUACGAGAAGAAGAAAUACACCCAGAAGGAGGGAUUCGUCCAGCGCCAGGUGCAGACGGUGGUGGAGCGCUCCGAGGUCUAUAACUACCUGCCCAUCAGUGUGGGUAGCAGUGGGGGCCUGAUCCUGCUGGGUCUCAUCACCGCAGCCCUCUAUAAGUUCAGCUUCUUCAAGCGCCAGUACAAGCAGAGGAUGAAGGACGCUGUGGAGGGCGAGGGGCCUCUCCUGACCCAGAGUGCAACCACUGGCAACUCCCCUGCUUCCAAUGCCCCCAAAUAA